AUGCUCGCGGUGAAACUCACCUAUGACGGAUACCUCUUCGACAUCCCAGGUGGCCGCACCGAUGGACACGAGCCAGCGCAGCGCACGGCCGAGCGGGAGACCUUUGAGGAAUCGGGCUAUCAGGUGUCGAUUGGGGAGCUGUUGGCCACGGUGCGGGGCGGCUUCAACAUCUACAAGUGCUACUUGCAAGACUCCAUCCCACACAAGGGCCCAGACCACGAGGUCUCUUUGGUGAAGUGGAUGGAUGCGAGUGAAAUCGAAGGUCACCUGCAGCACCACGAGUGGGCCAAGAAGCAGGAGGAGUUGGAAGCGACGGCCCGGGCGGCGAUCCAAGAGCUCCAGCAGCCGCCGAGGGAGCGCAUUAUACUGCAGCUCCACUGGCGCCUCGGGCAGCGAGUCUUGAAGUUGUGCCGGACGGUCGAGAAGACGGGCUGGGGGGCAUGCCUGGACCUCGUAGCUGAGAAGAAGGCCACCAUCGAGGAGGCCGAGAACAUCCGGGCAGAGGCGCAACAAGUCAUCUCCCAGGCCACGAGACUGGUCUCCGAUGCUUUGGCAAAGGCCAAAGACAACAAGGAGCGGAUCGCGAAGCGGCUCGCCACGGCCAAGCGGACGGAGAUGCGGGCGAAGCUCUUCGCGAAGUACGACGAGGAGAGGGGCGGAACGAUGUGGGCGCGGAGGCCGGAGGGUAUCGAUGUGCCCGAGGGCACCGAUAUCAUGCAGUUCUGCCGGGACCUGGCUGAAAGCGGCGCCCAGUUCGCGGAGCAGUUCGACCGGAGCCACCCGAAGUUCCACGGCGGCAACCCCACGGCCGUGCCGCUGGGCGGCGACCGGGUGCCCGAGUCGCUGGCGGCCUCCAUGGGCGGUGAGGCGGAGGUGAAGAACUGGCGAGACCUGCCGGAUGCUCCCUUGAGCUUAGAGGAUGACUAUGGGCCAGACUACAAGCGAUGGAUGGACGCUCAUAAGACUCUCAACGACUGCAAGAAGGCCAUUGCCGUAGUCAACAAACCAGUGGAAGUUGCCAUGAAGCUCAGAGUUCAAUACACAGAGGCGGAGGGGGAAGACAAGUCUGCCUACCAAGGGAGGCUCAAAGGCGCCGAGAAUGACCGCGACGGCGCGCUGGACGCCGCCACGGCCACGAUCCUCGGGAUGAGCCCGGAGGUGAUCUCCGAGCGCUGCCGGAGCUGCGUGGAGGACGUGGUGAAGAAGGGGAAGUUCGAGUUCAUCGACAAAGAGACCUACGGGGAAUUUAUCCAGAUCUUGAAGCGCGCCAACCAGGAUGCGACGCAUGCAUCCACUAACCAGGAGAUCUUCAUGGAUCAAAAGAGAAUACUUCAAAAGAUCAAGGACAUCAAAAAAGCAUGCAAGGAGCGAAACGCUCAUCCCGAGAAGCAGGAGGACCUCCCUCAGGCUGACGCCGCGGAGGGCGGCGCCUGA